AUGGAGAAAGAUUUCGGUAAUCUAUCAAUGGAGAGAUUGCAGAUUGAAGAUUUGGAAAUGGGAUACACUUUGGAAGAAGCUCUACCCGUAAUUAGUUUUGCAAAAGUUCAAUUCAUGGUUCUUUCUUAUUCUGGGUUGGGCUGGGUUGCUGAGGCUAUGGAAAUGAUGCUUCUGUCUUUUGUUGGAGCAGCUAUUCAGCCCGAGUGGGCUCUAUCAUCUGCUGAAGAGAGUUGUUUGUCUGCUGUUGCAUUUACAGGCAUCAUAGUUGGAGCAUCUUCUUGGGAUCUUUUUUCAGAUUUCUAUGGAACUAAGAAAGGGUUUCUUGGCAUCUCUUUAGUAUCAACAAUAGCUGGAUUUUUGAGUGCAUUUGCACCAAAUUACAUAUCAUUGUUGAUUCUCCGUUUUUUUGCUGGAUAUGGUAUUGGAUGUGCACAUAUGCUAGCAUCAAGUUUUCUGGAGUUUGUUCCCAUUCAAAAUAGAGGGACAUGGAUGACUGUCUUCUCAGCUUCUUGGACAUUUGCCACAAUGAUUGAAGCUGCAAUUGCUUGGGAAUAUACAACUUCAAUUUCUUUCUCCUGUUCUUUACAAAGCUCUGCAACUUGUCUCUAG